UACAAAUAAGAACAUAUAGGCUCGAAGAAAUUAAUAAAAGAAAAAAAAAUGGAGCCAAAAGAAGAACAAACGGAAUCGCCGGAGUUGGAAGUGACAUUCUCCGACGACGAUCUAUCAAGCCUCGACAUUCUCCUUAAUCACUCCGAAAUUUCGGAUUUGCUGAUGUUGUCGGACGACACGAAUAUUGCGGCGUCCAAUCAUAGUUCUCCUUCGGCGCCGCCGCCGAAUACGGCGCCGAAGAAGGCGGCGGCGGCUUCGGCGGAUUGGAAGCGGUACCGGGGCGUGAGGCGGCGGCCGUGGGGGAAAUUCGCGGCGGAGAUAAGGGAUCCGGGGAGGAAAGGCGCGAGGAUUUGGCUGGGAACGUACGAGACGCCGGAGGACGCGGCGGUGGCUUACGACCGCACCGCCUUCAAGCUGCGCGGCUCGCGCGCGCUGCUCAACUUCCCGCACCUAAUCGGCUCAAACAUGCCGGAGCCGCAUAGAGUGAAGCCGCGGCGGCGCGCGCGUUCCACGGAGCCGCCACGCGCCUCUUCCUCUUCUUCGUCACCGUCGUCGUCAUCAUUGCCAUCAUCCCCACCGUCAUCAUCGUCAUCAUUACCACCGUCAUCGCCGGCGGCUUCAUUAUCGGAAAACGGCGGGGCCAGAGAUUCUCCGAGGAAGAGAAAAAUCGAUUUAAUAAACGCUGUAGCAAACACCAAUAGUUUGUUGGGUAGCCAAACUAUGUUAAAGAUGUUCAAAUUGUGCAAAUUCUGAUCACGCCAUUAUUACCUUAAUUAAACUUUUAUCAAGAAAUGUUUGCAGAUCCCUCUUGAUCAAGUCGAAUUUGCGUCUUUCACACACUUGAAUAAUAGUUUUGGAAUUCGCUUGUAACCCCAAAAACUUUGUAAAUUACUGUAGUUAUGCACUGUAUUAGUAUUUUCUAUG